AUGAUUGCCAUAGAUGGCUCUGUUGUAUACCCGCCCCUGACCCCUCUCAGUCGCGAUGAGAGAUUUGCCAUAGUGAUGGCCUUUUUGUGUGAUAUGUUCGUAGUUGGUGUUUUCGUCAAAGUCCGUGUCGAUGUCCCUGUCGAUGUCCCUGUCGAUGUCCCUGUCGAUGUCCCUGUCGAUGUCCCUGUCGAUGUCCCUGUCGAUGUCCCUGUCGAUGUCCCUGUCGAUGUCCCUGUCGAUGUCCCUGUCGAUGUCCCUGUCGAUGUCCCUGUCGAUGUCCCUGUCGAUGUCCCUGUCGAUGUCCCUGUCGAUGUCCCUGUCGAUGUCCCUGUCGAUGUCCCUGUCGAUGUCCCUGUCGAUGUCCCUGUCGAUGUCCCUGUCGAUGUCCCUGUCGAUGUCCCUGUCGAUGUCCCUGUCGAUACCCCCUAG